UCCCGAUCUGUCCCUUCUCUGUCUGUGCUUCGAGGAUGCAGUCAACGAUGGUCAUGAUGCUGCGCUCCUGCAUAUUUCUCUCUCUGUUCCUGCUGGGCCUUGGAGAGGAAGGGGCCCGCCUGCUGGCCUCCAAGUCCCUGUUGAACCGCUACGCUGUGGAGGGCAGGGACCUCACCCUGCAGUAUAACCUCUACAACGUUGGCUCCAGUGCUGCUCUGGAGGUGGAGCUGUCGGAUGAUUCUUUUCCCCCUGAAGAUUUUGGGAUCGUCUCGGGAAUGCUGAAUGUCAAAUGGGACAGGAUUGCUCCAGCCAGUAAUGUGUCUCACACCGUGGUGCUGCGACCCCUGAAAGCCGGGUACUUUAAUUUCACGUCAGCCUCAGUCAGCUACCUGGCACAGGAAGGAGGACAGGUUGUGGUGGGCUACACCAGUGCGCCCGGACAGGGGGGCAUCCUAGCCCAGAGGGAGUUUGAUCGGCGCUUCUCUCCACACUACUUGGAUUGGGCCGCCUUUGGUGUCAUGACUCUGCCCUCCAUCGGCAUCCCUCUGCUCCUCUGGUACUCCAGCAAAAGGAAAUACGACAGUUCAAAGAGCAAGAAGAUCUGACCUGUCCACUCUGAGGUUGAGGUUUGGUAAAGGGCUUAUGAGGGGGAGGAGCCUCUUCAGCACCUUGAUCCACACUGAAACUGAGAGCGACCAGGAGUGUGGAGGGGGGGCUUCAGGAAAGCAGCAGGAGGUUUUGGCUCCACGCUUGCAGACUAAUAAAUGUGAUUCCAACUAU